AUGGAUGAAUGGAAGUCGUGUGAAAUAAAAAUAGCAAUUCUUGGUGAAUCUGGAACGGGAAAAUCUUCCUUCAUUAACGCAUUUCGGGGGCUUCAAAAUAAGGAUAAGGGUGAGGGUGUAGCGGAAGUUGGGACAGACCAGACAACACUUGUUGUUACACCAUAUCAGAGUCCAGAUCAUCCAAAUCUUCAAUUAUUUGAUGUUCCUGGGGUCAACACUCCAACAUUCCCCCAACACACUUACUUGAGCGCCAUUAACGUCAACCAAUAUGAUUUCUUUAUUUUGAUUUCAAGCGAGAGAUUUACGGAUAAUGACCUCUGGUUGGCCAAGGAAAUCAUUUCGAGGAAGAAGCGAUUUUAUUUUGUAAGGACCAAGGUUGAUCAGGAUCUUACAAACGAUCAAAACGACCAUGUGGACCACGAUCCUGACAAGUGGAUUGACAAGACAAGACAAAAUUGUAUAAAUCUACUCAGACGGGGUCAUGUGCCUGACCCCGUGGUCUUUCUUGUAAGCAAUAGAAACACAUUGCUUUACGAUUUUGGUGACCUACAAAAACGGCUUGUCGAUGAUUCUCCCGAAAUCAUUAGAAAUGCGAUUAUAUUGUCCUUUUCAGCGAUUACAAAGGAAAUACUGAACGAAAAGCGUGAGGUUUUAGAGUCCAGAAAAACCGGUCGAGCUGUUUUAGCAGUUUUGGGGGCCUUAAUUCCUAUUCCGGGCGUUGGGGCAGCAAUAAACUUUACCGUCAUGAAGAAUGAAAUGACAUUUUACAAGGAACAGUUUGGAAUAGAUGACAGGUCUUUGCAGCAACUUGCUUCUCAAGUUGGUGUUUCAAUUGAAUAUCUAAAGAACCACCUUUCUCUAAAGUCUUGCAUUAUUUUUGAAUCAGGAACCGAAUUCAGAAAAUUCUGUGAAGAAGCACAUGAUCAGUUUCUGGUUGAUGCCAUAGCGAAAGUCUUGCUUCCGAUCAUUGGAGGCAUCAUAUCAGCGUUCAAAUCCGCUCCUGCAGCUGUGGCUAUACAAGAAAAACUUCUUGAUAUUUGCUACAAGGAAGCAUGUAGGGUCAUCGAUUAUCGGUCCGAAUGGUUUAAAAAACAACCAAGUGUAUAA